UCCCACGCCAGCCGGGAGCGCGUCAGCGUCUCUCGCCAUGGAGUACCAGAAGGCUGCUGAAUGGGCAGCGCAGCACUUGGAGAGCUACCGGAAGGACCCCAGCGGCUGGAGCGGCUUCAAGCGAGCGAAUAAUGUUACAAUAUCUUGGAGACCUUCAACUGUGUUUUGUGGAAACCUAUACAGGGCAGAAGGAAUUUUAGCGGCAAAGCCAGAGGACGUGUUUAAAUGUAUCAAGCCAGAGACUGGUGGACUUAGAGAAAAAUGGGAUGACAACGUGAACAAACUACUGGUUGUUGAAUCCAUAAACAAUAACGUUUGUGUCCUGAGAACCACCACCCAUUCGGCUUUUAUGAAUCUGAUCUCCCCAAGAGAGUUCUUAGACGUGGUCCUGAUCCAACAGAACGAGGACGGCUCAAAAAUGACUGCUGCAACCAACGUGGAGCAUCGCCUUAGUCCGCCUCAGCCCAAUUACGUCAGAGGCCUGAAUUUCCCCUGCGGCUGUUUCCUCAAUCCUGUUCCAGGGGAUCCAAACAAGACCCGCCUCCUCAGUUUCUUUCAGACUGAUCUGAGUGGGAACCUCCCACAGAAAAUCGUUGAAGCUUUCUUUCCAAAGAGCAUAACAGCGUUUUACGGGAAUUUGGCUAAUGCAGCUGUCUCACUAGUGGCCUAAGUUUGUUCCCCAUUCCCCCCACCUACCCACCUCUAGUCACAAAUGGAAAACGUAGCUGGGCUGUAUCUUAAUAAUACUGAGGCUGCACUUUGCAAAGGCACGUGUGGUUCCCGAUCUGUUCAAAAGGAUGCACAUGAAUUUCUCCUUAAUUUAGAUGGAGAGCUUGUGAGCCCAGGUGUAGAAUUAAAUAGCAUUUUAC